AUGAAUCAGGAAGAGCACUCCUCUGCCUCUACUUCAGAUUCCCAAUUUGCGAAUGCGGCCCUUCAAGUAGGUGACCACGCUGGUGAAUCGAUCGCGAGCGCGUCCCGAUCCACUGCACCCCCAAGAAAGCGAGCGCCGUUAGCGAGUGUUGCCUGCCAGGACUGUAGAAGACGGAAAACAAAGUGUGAUGGCAAGAAGCCUGCCUGUUCCAAUUGCGGGCGCAGAGGCAUAAAGUCCUGCGUGUAUGACCUGGAACCGAAUCAGUCCAGGGUCGCUGCCUACAAGCAGAAGAUCGAGCAACAACUCUCCAGCAUUAAGAGCUUAGAAGAAGAGAUUGAGAGAUUGAAGAAGUCUCCCUUCCACCCUGGAAGUGCGAUUCGGAUAUCAGCGUCUGAACCAGCGCCCUCGUCUUCUCACAAUGCUUCAGGAGGAGUAGUUCCGAUGCGACUCCUCUUGAACCCGGCUCCAGAACCCGGUGGCUCUGCUUCUGGUCAUAAUCUAACAAACACUCUUGGUCCUUUCAACACAGCUUCGCUUCCAACAUUACAAACGGUCAACAGAGAAGCAGAGCUGUUGAACUAUCAGCGCAACCUUGAGGCUGAGAUGCGCAAGCUUCAGGACGAAAAUCGUACUCUCCAAGCGCUGAUCUAUUUGCUCAAUUCGAUGGAAAACCGGGACCAGGCACAAAAGAUGGCUCAGGAGAUACAAUCUCGUGGCGUAUCGAACGACCUUCUUUCCAGGGCUCAGCACUUGGUCGCCACUCAAGUAGGGAGAUCUUCGCUUGUGAAUUCGGAAACCCAAGCUAAACUUCCUCAGCGACCUGGACGUGGAGCGGACAAUUCCUCGUGGUCGUUGCCAUGA